UCAGCCGGCAAGGGUCGGUCGGCAGGCUACUCAGUCCACACGGCAGUCAGUAGCCUGUCAGUUGUCCCUCCAGAAUUCGCCCAAGUGCUCGUACGCCCGGUGUGCGGGCAUUGCGCGUAGUCUACGGGUAAACUCACGAUACACUUCAAAACAAUUCUGUAUUAAAAAAAGUUACAUUUCUUCAUGAAGCCUUUUCUAUCGUCCGGAUAUAAAAGUGCAGUUUAAGUUCUCAUUUUCAAGAACAGUGGCUGACCUACAGAACGAAGUGGACGUGGUACUCAGAAAAUCUAUCGAGAUCUUCACAAACCAACAUUGACAUCGACCGAAGACAUUCCGACACGAAGUUAUAUUGGCAUUGACUGUAAAUGAAUUUAUUAUAAGGCAAAGGUAAAAUACAAAAAAAUGGACGAAAUGAAUUCAACAAUAGUUUCUGAGGACAUAAAUUCUACGUUCACUGAGAGAUCACUAAAAUCCGCACAUUAUGAAAAAAUGUUCCCGGUAGUCAUAAAAGUGGUGUACAGUAUUGGAAUAAUAGGAAAUGCUGUGGCUAUAGUCGCCCUAAGGAAAGGGGAGCGCAGGGUCCGAAACAGAAAACAUCUACUACUUCUCACCUUUCUAGCUGCAAAUGACCUCAUUGCUUUGGUGGGUAUGAUGUGCGCUAUGGUAGUAGCGGAGCAGCACCCGAGGUUAAGAGAGACGCAGGCGUACUGCGUCGUCAGGGUCGUGAUGCGGGUUUUCGGCAUAGGCAGCGUAUGCAUCGCUGUCACUAUGGCUUUAGAGAGGUAUCUCGCGCUGACACGGCCUUUCCUAUAUCAAAAGCGAGUGACCUACUAUGUGAUCCGCACAGCGCUCCUCGUGUCUUGGUGCUGGGCAGCAUUGCUCACGUGUGCACCAAUUUUCGGUCUUGGCAUCUAUUACGAUGAGAAGAAACUCGUCUGCACCAGAUAUCGGAAUGCCAUUUCCAAAGUUGAUUUCGCUUAUGCCGUUUUCUACGUGUUAUUCGGAACAUUCCUGUGCAUAAUUUUGGUAUACUGCAACUUGGCAGUAAUCCAAGCUUUGUACGCUAUAACGGCGCCUCGCAAUGGUGGUCAGCCGGUGGUCCGGCGCGUGUCCAAGAGCAGUUGCCGGCAGCGCCAGCGCAGCCUUAACGCCGGCAGUGGGAACAACCUCAGUGCGCACCACAACGCUGCCACGGCCGAAGAAGUCGCCUUCAGCAGACUCAUGGCCACGCUUUCGGUGCUCUUCAUGAUAUGCUGGUUACCACAAAUGGUAACAUCAACAUUAUACCUGGCGCUGGGCCCAUCGUGGUGGGAAGGCAAGUUCCUGACUACCUUGGCCAAAUUGUCAGAUCUCCUGAUGCUGCUUAACUACGUCCUGAAUCCGAUCAUCUACGUUCUCAUGCGCCAACGUAGAACAUUGUCCCUCACUGGACUCUGCCACUCCAUAGCAUACUGCUUCAAGCGGAAUCACAAAACAUCGACUGAAUCGAUGAAGACAUCGUGCUGCCCGGAGACUGUGGUGGUGAGCGACAGUUCGGGGGCUGAACUACGACCGCUGAGGGCUUUGCCACCCGCGCCUUUACCGUGUGGUCCUAUUAUCAAGAUAAGCGAUUGAUUCUCACCGUCCCGAUUACGAGAAUCUAAAGGAAAAGUAUUGUCAACAUAACUUCGUUAUAAGAGAAAGGAAAAGUAGUAGGUUUCAGAAAAUCUACUUUUACGCGACACGAUAUUAUAUACCUACACUAUAAAUAUACGUUAACCCACCGUGGCUUAGCACUGGGGUGAAAGAGGCAAGCAACAAAUCGCAAGAAAACAACUAGCAGAAAAGUAAAGUGACAAUGCACUGCCCAAAGCCACAGUAAACGUAAUCCUGGAUAGUAGGUACUUACCUUACGUCCUAUCUACAUUACUGUGGGAGUGUAUGAGGAAGGGUUUAGAAUCAUUUGAAAUUCGUCCAUUGUGGAUGUACUUCUUUUGUUAUGCUAUGAAGUAAUGAGUUUCCAGGCUACGUUCACCAAAAGCAAUAUAGAUGGCGUUAUACAGAUUUAACGACAAAAUUACCUAUUUUCCCCUCUAUUCCCAGUAGUCUUACCAGUUAUAAAAAUAAUUAUUACUUGAUAUUUGGAUCAGAUAUGGUAUAGAAUUAUGUUGCUACCUAUAUUGCUUCUCUUUAUUUUGAUCAGAAUAAUAAUGGGUAGAAUAUGUAAUGGGCCUGGGUGUAUAAACAAGGGUCAUCAUUUUAUACCCAAAAACAAAGAUAACAGAUGCAUAUGUCUCUUAUCCAUGAUAUUAAAAGGUCAAACAAAGGCAACUCUGAACAUAGCUUGAGACGCCGGUAAAAUAAUAAUGAAAGAGUAAGUUGUGCAAUUAUACAUUGUUUAUGGCUUUAUUUUUAAAGUUUUUAAGAUUUAUUUUGAAACGACAAUUGUGAUUAUGUAAAGUGCGUAGAAUAUAAUUUAAGUAACAAUUAUAGAAACACAGUGAAUUAUUAUUGAUACCUUAUAUUAGAGAAAUUACUUAGGUUUUAGGAAAUACUUACUACGUAUAAAUUGCAAUUAUUAAUGUUAAUAAGAACUCUAGUCGCUAAUAAUUAAUAACCAUAUGAAGUGAAAUUUAGCAAGUACUUAGGUACCUACCUACAUUGUAAUUUGGAACGCAUAUCUAAUUAUAGCUUUUUAAUUUAUAUUAACGAGAUUGAUAAAUCGUCGACGGAAAAUCAAUUAGUUUGGGAAACUCAUUUAUUUUUCAUGUCCUCGCCAUACAAAGGACAGCAUCACAAAGUGAUUUUCCACAGUGUCUCUUAUCGGGAAUCGAACCCGGUCCUCCAGAUUGUGCGCCUAAUGCCCUUAUCACUAGAUCACAGCGGCUGGUGUGCGAUCUUGACAUAAUUUUACCGAAAUAAGUAAAGUCACUCACUUCACUUCACUUUAUCACUUUGUGAGACUGUUCUUUGUUUGGUAAGGACUUUUCAGGCUUGAAUCAACUGAUUGUCCGAAAAAGUAAGAUGAUUCCGUGCUUCGGAGUAUAGUUGCUGUGGGUCCCGGCUAUUAGCCGUAAAGACACCUCCACCAACCCGCACUGGAGCAACGUGGUAGAGUAUGCUCCAUACCCCUCUCCAGUUGAUUGAGGGGAGGCCUGUGCCCAGCAGUGGGACGUUUAUAGGCUGUUUAUGUAUGUAAGUAAAGUACAAUUUGCUACGUUACGUAGGAACUUUAACCAGGUACCUAAGGGUAGGUAUAUACUGUAACUCAUCAAGGCACAUUAUUCAGGCUGAUAGGCGCGUUCUUUUAUAAGUAGAUAGAUAAGUUAGUUUUUGGAAAAACGUCAGUGGAAUGUCUUUAGAGGGGAGACUACGGCGCCGUGUGCCGUGCCCCUGGCACGGUGCUGGGUAAAUGUAUAAUAUCGGCUAAUCGCUCUCUUUUUGCUGUUACCCCUUAUUUAUUAAGAAUAUUAUUAGGUAUAAAUAAUAAAAUAAAUAAUUUAAUUGAUAAGAAA